UCUGACUUGAGCUUGCUCUCACAGCACUUGUUAUAACAGGUCAUUAUUGAUCUCUGUAGCGUUUGUGAUGAGAAACAUCAGCCUGCACAGUUAGAAACGGCUGCUGUGAUAUAAAUAAUAUAAACCUGCUGUCUGUGCACGAGCGACUCGCGCGUUUGAUUGACAGCCUCUGCGCGCGCGCCGGUUUCUAUGGAUACGGUGUUGUUAUUUCGGAAUGCCGCUCUUUGUUCCGUCGGUACUCGCGUUAAAGCGCUGUGUUUGGAGCGUUUAGCGAUGAAUAAAUACGAGACUGUGGGCUGUCUGGGCUCCGGGAGCUACGGGACGGUGCUGAAGUGUCGACACCGGGACACCGGGAGGAGCGUCGCCGUGAAGAAGCUGCUGGAGGAAGAUGAGUCCGUGAGGAAGAUCGUGGAGAGAGAGAUCCGGCUGCUGAAGCAACUGCGGCAUGAGAAUCUGGUGAAUCUGCUGGAGGUGUGGAAGCGCAAGCGUCGCUGGUAUUUGGUGUUUGAGUUUGUGGAUCGGACGGUUCUGGACGAGCUUGAACAGUUCCCAUCCGGACUGGAUCCGCUCAGAGUCCGGAAGUACCUCUUCCAGAUCCUGAGGGCCGUGUCCUUCUGCCACCAGCACAAUAUCAUUCACAGGGAUGUGAAGCCCGAGAACGUUCUGGUCUCUCAGCUCGGCGUGGUCAAACUCUGUGACUUCGGUUUCGCUCGGACGAUGGCGGCCGCUCCUGGCGAGGUUUACACCGACUACGUGGCGACGCGCUGGUAUCGAGCACCAGAGCUGCUGGUGGGAGACACUAGAUACGGGAAGGCGGUGGACGUGUGGGCCGUCGGGUGUCUGUUCUUCGAGAUGUUAACAGGUGAUCCUCUGUUCCCGGGGGACUCUGACAUUGAUCAGCUGCACCUGGUCAUCAGUUGUUUCGGUCACCUGACCCCUCGUCACCGCGAGGUCUUCUACAGGAACCCGGUGUUCACGGGAGUUUCUCUUCCGGAGCCGGCGGAGAGAGCCCCGCUGGAGAGCCGCUCGCUCAGACUGUCUGGAGUGACUCUAGAUCUCGCUCAGAGAUGUUUGCAGAUGGAUCCAGACAAACGCUGGCAGUGUGCAGAUCUGCUGCUGCAUGCGUACUUCACCAGAGACCGCUUCCACCUGCGCUUUCAGCAAGAACUGGCCAGUAAGACACACAAGGACCUGAAGGAAAACAGCAGAGGCACUAAAAGCUCCAGGAGAGAGAAGGAGAAGCUGGACGUGCUGAGAUGGGCUCCCGACGCCGUACAGGACUCGAACCUGCGGCUCAGUGAGUUCAGGCCGUCUGACGGCGAGGACAGUGACAUCACAGCCAAGCUCCGCCCAGACAACACAGAGCCAAUCAGUGAGGCUGUGUGUCAGGCAGGAAUCCCGCCCAUCUCCACCGACUCACCGGCCACACACAGCCUCAGGUCAUUUGAUAAGAUGAAGAAGCAAAUGAACGUGUUUCCACGGCCGUCACAGCAGAACCUUUCUGUUCUCCUCAACACACAGGUGCCGCCGGAGCACAGCAGGAGUCGAUACACUGCAGUGCCUGCUGGGAAGAAGAUGGCAGAGCUGCGUUUCCCUGAGCUCAGAAACACACUGCUGCCCGAGCUGAGAGCAAACGGUGAUCGAGCUCUUGAGGAGCUGGCACACGGUUGUCUGGAGUGGACACAGCUGCGGUCAGAUUGUCCCACACAUACUCUCCUGUGCUGGCUUCUGUGUUUCGGGGCUCCAGUGUAUCAUCGUCAUGAUCCUCCACAACUUCUGGAUCAACAGUGUCCCCAUUCAGAAGACCGAGGUCAUGGAGCACCGCACAGCAUGCAGCAACACCUGGCACAAAGGCAGGACUCACUUCCAGCGCCUUGAAGAAGAAGACGGAGCGCAGGCUUGUCUUCAGCAUCCCGAAGGCUCUCUCAACAAUGUUCCGUGCGCAAGCAUCAUUGGUGUUGAAACACACCUAUAUUUACUAUAUUCAUUCAUUCAAGGUCAUUACUU